GAAAAAUACACUGCGUGAGAGGCAUGUGUCCUUAUACCAUGAAGGCAAGAGAGCGGAGUUGCUUCUGCACAGCAUGUAGGAAGGGGGAGCAGUGUCCUUACGAAGAAAUCUCUGGGAAAUGGAAAACGGUGAAGCUCAUUGGAGUGAAAUGUGCUUCAAAUAUUGCUGACAACACUGAGAGCACAACUGGAGAUCUUGUCAAUGAAGUACAACCAGAACCAACCGCUCAACCAGAACCAACCCCUGAAACAGAGCCAGCUGACCAGGUCAAAUUUAAUUAUGGAGACUACGUGGAAGUCAACUUCGCUGGUGGAUCAACACAACCCAAGAAUUUCAUUGGCUUGAUUGAAACUUUAGAUGAACCACGCUCUGAAGUGGAGGUGUCCUUCAUGAGAUCCAAGGAAAAGUUCUAUGUCUGGCCAUAUGUUGUAGAUAGGUCUUGGGUCCAUUUUAAUGCUGUAGUGAGGAAGCUACAGCCCCCAUCAAUCAACUCUCAUGGUCACCAUGUCUUUGCUGAACAUGUAUGUUCACCAGCCAACACUGGAAUCACUUUAUAAAGCUCCAGAUGCAUCCAAGGUUGUCCAGUACUUUGCAGUAGCGUCAGGAGAUUUUUCCUGUCUGAGUUGGACUGCUGGAUUUCAGCUCACUCCAGUCUGUGGACAUCAUAUCUUCCAAGCAUACUUCAACUGUUAGACUGGCCUACUAUUUUUCAUAUUGUGAAAAGUGGGAAUCAUAAGUUUCUGUUAACUAUAAAAGAAACCUCCAAAAAUAAUGUUUUGCUAACUAAAAUGAGAAAGCAGGUUAAUACCUACAUAAGUUUAUACAUUCUUUCUAUGUAUCUUCUCUCAUGCUAUGUAGUAGAAUUGAACUGAACAUUGGUCUUGAUGUUAUUUUUAAAUUUUUUUUCUUGUUAUGUACAGUAUAUAAAAGCUUAAUUCACUUUGACAUUGAAAGUUAGUUACUUUAGUACAAGGGUUGACCAAAUGGUCAAAAACUUAAAGCAAGUGCUGCUAUACUUUGCUGCUAUUUCUGACAAAUGAUGCUAGAUAUAUUGGGUUUUUUUGCGUCCUGAGUUAUGCACGCAAACCACUCUGUGUGCAGCAAAUUGGCAUCAUUAAGGCAUCAUCUUUGACCAUUUCUGCAUCGUUGGGGGUACCCAUGAUUGGAGCCAUGCACAUAUCGAUUGUUAGAAGGUUGCAGGGGUUGCCACUACAAGCUAAGCUUGACUGCGUGGCAACCCCAGAAAACAAUAAUAACUAGAAUUUUAAUUCGUCAUGAGGACGAAUUAGGUGAUCUGUCUCUGAUUUCAUGAUCAGGAAGACAAUCAGCAUGUUUAUUGAGAUCUAUAUGAUCAUCAUGAUGAAAACUGAACUUCUCUUACGAAAAGAACGUGUUGAAUACUCUUGAAAAAGAGGGAAAUGAAAAAGUUGUGUGAAAAAGUGUAGGUCAUACACAUAAUUGUACAGGAACAUUGUACAUUAAAAGGGAUUUUAAUCUCUUUUAUUGUCCAAUGUUUUAUUUAAUAUACAUUGUAAUGGUCAUAAAGGACCAUUUGUGAAAUGUUGAAAAGUAAGAAAAAGAAAAAAAAAUUCUCAUGUUCACCCCGGCCCCCUGGGCUCGAACCCUGGACCCUGAGGACGCAAGGCUCAUGCCUUACCCAUUGAGCUACACACUUCCCAUAGACUUACACAUAAGCAAAACAAGAGGAUCUCAAAUCCAAUUUUGCAAGUGAAAUACGGGCAUGAUCCCGGCAUCUGAUCGGAAAAUGAAGACCACACUAGCGAUAGCUUACAAUCUCAGCUACAACAUACUCCAAGCUCAGAGAAAACCGACAAAAAGAAAUGGAGAUAUGGCUCGCGAAAUAGAGGAAUGUAAAAUCCAGUUUGGAGAAAAAGUCAUUUCCCAUAGAGAUUGCACACAAAAUGAGCGAAAAUGACAUACCCCUAUAAAUCGAAAUUUUCAGGGAUAAUCCGUUCCUUGAAAUGUAAAAAUGCCAACUCAUCAGAUAGAGUGAGUCCUCGGCUACAAUAUAUAAGAAACUGAGCGAAAAUUGAACAAUAUUUAUGGAGUUAGAGUCAAAUUUGCAUAAUUAUGAUGACGUUAUAAUUAGCAAAAUGGGAAUUUUGAGUUCCGACGCCAUUUUGAUGACGUCAUGAUAAACUUUCAGGUCUAAUGUGACAUGAAAUCAUAUCUCCCAUUCAUAUUCUAUUCGAAUAUGAAAAAAAAAUUGGGGGUCAACGGACUUCCUGAAGAGCUAUAAUGAGUUUUGUAUAGGCAUGUUUUUGCACAUAUAUUGUAUAUGGUUAGUGCGCGCGUGCUGUAAACUUUGAUGGAGGCUAAUUCCGUUAUUAAUUGUCGUAGAAGGUUGAUCAAGGUAUCAAAUUACUCAGAAUUAUAUUAUCAAUGCA